GGGGGCAAAGGAGAACCAUCACAGCUGGCCUCAGCAUCCUUCCUCGCUCCUGUAGUGACCUCUCUGUGGUUGACACAGAGUUGGAGAAAACUGGAAGAGCUCCGUUCUGCCACAGCAGAUUCCUAAAGGUGCGUAAUGAAAACGUACGUGGAAGCCAGUGGUGCCGAACAUCAGGAAGCGCUGUGCAAACGGUGAAUAGUCACGUAGCAAAGAGCACUUCGGGUAGUGCUUCCCACGCACGGUCAAGCUCAGCUCUGAGGAAAGUGGCACAACUAGAAAGCAAAAUCAUGAAUCGAAAAAAGCAGAUGGAAUUGCAAAACACUGACUUGGGCCAGAAGCCUUUGGAUGAAGAGUCCUUCUCAUCUGCUUCCAGUCAUGAACACAGUGCAAGGGGCAAGAAAUAUCUGAAGAAUUAUGCUACCGCCAGUGGAAACAUAACCCUCAGUAAUGCCAGUUCUAAGGAAGAGGAAGGCAUCCAAAGCCCUCAAAAGAAUGUUCUGGUUACACAGCAGCUUGGUUUGGAUAGUGAUGAAGAGGAAAUGAGAGAAUUGAUGGAGAGCGCUUUGGAGUUUUCCAGUGGAAACAAGAAUCGGAGGGUUGUUGCAAGCAACUCUAAAUGGGGUGGAAAGACUAAGACUCCAGUUUCAUCCGGAAUCCCUUCUCCAUCUCAUAAGGAAAUUUCACUGACAGAGGUGUCUAAAACAUCUUUUCACAGCAAAGACUCAGGGAAAAAUGUUUUUGGUAGAGUUAAUUCACCAACACCUUCACCAGCCAGCAGAAACCUGUCAGUACGACAUGAUACGAGACCUCAGUCACUGUCUUCUUCCAUGAAAGACAACACUGUAAAGAUUACUCUGCCUAGAACAGGCACCCCCACGCAAAGCCAAAUAUCACUUGAAAGUGACAGAAGUGAAAUAAAAUCACUAGAUGAAUUGUUUUCAAAAGCAGCUGAUGCAGAAGAUUCAACUAGCAGCAGCUCAAAUGACUUCAGACUGAAUAUCCUGAGCCUUGAUGAUUUGGCCCCAGAUAUCACCAGUGAGGCAGCAGAAUUAAACCAGAAAGGCACAGACAUUCAAAUUGCUCAAGAAUCAAACAGAAAUCCAAAAAAAGAUACAUUCCUGAUGGAAAAAGACCAAAUGUCUCUUAAAACGACAAGUGUAGUAACUGGCGUGAAUGAUGCAUCUGAAGGGGAUAUUGAAAAAACUGUGACUGAAGCUGAAAUCUCUGAGCAUUUAAGUGGAGUUUCGGCAGAUUUUCCUAGACACAAACUGGAUUACCUUGAUCAUGAUGAGAGAACUGUUAAUUCAGAAUAUUCUGAAGACUUUGAAAGGUCCCUGUCUACAACAGACAGGGAAUCUGUAUCAAAAAUGUCAGAGGAACAUUCUAAGAGCUGCAUGUAUUCUGGAAAACACCCAUCCUCAGCAUCAUCACCGUUAUUUACCGGAGGGCGGCAUGGCCAGGUACACAGAGUAACUGUCAAAGAAACUGCGGUUCAGACAGUGGAUUUUCCAUUCACCUAUUGCUGGUCGAAGACAAACACCUCUGCGGUACUGGACCCACCUGUAGGAAACAGCUACAUUGAUCCGGUACCUAUUGCCAGUCAUGUCGUCAGCAUGGAUGCAGUAGAAGCCUUGACAGCAUACAGCCCGUCUGUUCUCGUUUUAAAUGCCAUGUUGAAACAGCACUUGAUGUUGACUCAGCAGUUUGUAGAGAACAUUCACCACCUUCACGUAUCCCUUGUGGAGUCAUUAGAGAAUGAGAAGUUUCACUACCAUACCCUGGAAGAGGCUAAAGAGUACAUCAAGAAUCACAAAUCCCCACCUCUAACACUAGAGCAAGCUCGUGAAGAAAUUCGGAAAGCACAGGACGAAAAACUGCUUUGA